CUCACCGCGAACCUCACAUUGCCCAAGUUCUGAGACUUCAGUGGCGGUCGGUGCUCCCAGUUUCAAGCCGAAGAAUCGGCGCUUCCCCGAAGACGCCACGUCGCGCCUGAUCGAGGAUCAAUCGGGAUCGAGCACUCCCCGUCGGCGGUCCUCGCAUCCCCGUCGCCUGACUUUCCUCGUCUACGGACGACGCUGGCGGACAUCGUCGCAUAAGAACAACCGAGCAACGAUUUUCCUCUCGGAAACGCAUUCCCGCAUGUCAUAAGUCACCGAGGCUUGUAGUCGGUGUAGUAGAACGUACAUCCGGCCAUAGGAAUUCGGAUUACGCGCGCGAUUAAUAUGGGUAUCAGCAUUAUCCCGUUGAUCGUGGUGGCGAUGGUACCGAUAAUCGUUGGCGAUUUCGGGCAGCGUGUCAUCGGUCAGAGAAGCGACUAUCCCUUCGAUGAUUGUCUCGAUUACUGCGCCGACGAGCAUCCGACAGUAAAGAAAAAAUCGACUCUACUGGUCGACCAGCUGUUGUUGGCUCUACAGAGGGCUGCCCAAAAAGACGUAAUUAGAGGUAAAGGCAUCGACAGAUCGGCGAGUGUUUUAUCUGCCAGAUCGCGAAUGGGUCCCGACGAUGACCAACUGGGCAUGCAACGACGAGGACAAACUAAAGGUCAAAUUUAUUGGCGCUGUUACUUCAACCCGGUCGCGUGUUUCAAGAGGAAGUGAUAAUGGCCCUGCCGUCGUCAGUUCUCCUCAUCCCCGAAGACUAAAGCAGAGUUGUGUGUGCGCCGUUUCGUAUAAUUUCUUCGACUUAGCUGCAGAAGCACGACGAGAUCGUAGCGACGCUUUCCCGGCUGAAGUGUCAAGAGAACAAGCGAAGCAAGAAACCGCAAGAACGUAUACAGUAGCACAUAUUCACGCCGUUGCUCAUAUUCGGAACGUCGGAUCAACGGAUCAAUUUUCCUUCCUUCCUUCGGCGUCUCGAGGAAUACCUUUGCUCUUCUUCUCAGCAACUGUCGCCGUCCCGCCUUCCCUAUUGCAGAUCACAAAACGACACGUCGGGAAAGAAUUACCUAUACUCUUACUCCUCUGGCUUAUAUAAAUGAAUCAAGUCCUGUCCAUUAAAUGACUCUUCAAGCAUAUCAACUAAAACGGUGUAUAAUUCGGUAUAAACUUAAAUCACGCAGGCUUCAAUUAAUUUCUCUAUCUUGCGGUUCAGUUGUAGAUAUAUUCUCACUUUUCCUGCUGUUUUCUGUAUUUCAUGUGUUACUUGAUAUAUACGAGCGCACGUAAAACAAUAUACAGUUUUCAUAUCGUUAUGACGAUUAAAAUAGAAAUUUUCGUACCGUUCUUUUUUUCGUAGAACAUUGUGCAACACGAUGAAACAGACGCAGUGCGUAACAUAUUAUUUGUCAUGCUAAAAACAGUGUAAAACAAAAUCGUAACGUAAAGCCCAUAAAACUCGAAAUGUGUUACAAAUACGCAAAGAGUAAUAUCAGCAUAUUAAUUUCUUUUUAUUUUCGAGUAUAUUAUUAUAUAAUCUCGACGCUUAUAUUUCUAUUUAAAUGCUAUAUCUUUUUUUUCUCUUUCUCUAGUCUGCGAAAAACUAGUCAUUUAAGCGAAAUUUAUUCAAAUAUAUGACAUAAUACGCAUAUGAAAA